CUGGACUGUUGGCAUGGAGUAAGCCUGCCCUCAUUUCCCAUCAUCUCUUUGUUUAUACUCCUUCCCACUAUCUUACAGUCUCUCACAACCACUAACCUACACUACUACAGACUUUUUCCGCAACAUUUUUUUUGUCUGCUUCUGAUUCACAAGGAUUUGAAUAAAGAAAUACUUCGAAAUGCAAAAUAAAUCACAAUUUUCUUUAUUUAUGUCCUUCAUUUUAAGAAAAAACAUGUUAAAAACACAGCUUUCGUUGGCAUGUGUCUCUAAAUUUUUAAUUUACCAAAACAAUUGAGUCCAGUAAAAGUUUUUAAUCAUUGAUACUUGUUUGUAUUCAUCUCAUGAGAUCCCACUUAGUUCCACGAAGUCUACAAUGGAAAAUACUGUGUUAUUCUCAUAACAGACUGUGCUUGUUUUUGGUAAAGCUGUCACUCCAGGCAGAUGUAUUUUAUUUUCAAACCCCAUCAAGGCAAAAAAGGACCAGUUUUAUGCAUUUUGGGGUAAAUAUUGGGCCCGAAUUAGCAAACAAGAGGGUACUUUAAAAAAAAAAAAAAAGUGUGUCACAUACAAGUGAAGCCAUUGUGGGAUGCAGCACCUAGCAACAAGAACUCUCAUUCAUAGAAUUACAUUAUUUUUCUACUAAAACGCUAGUAAAUUCAUGCUUAGACUCUAUUUGUCGGGGACUGUGUGUUGACAACGAGCAGAGGUCAGUUUGGUUCUGAAAUGUUUUCUUUAUCACUGUUUUGAGCAGAAGCUUGGCUCCGCCCACGGAUGUCGGCUCGGCCAAUCAGCUGCUCGCUGCCGUAGCUCUAAUCUGUACAUGUAAAAACUCUGUCCAUUGAGUCAGCGGCCAUGCGCAAAUUGAUUCAGAGGUGGUCUCAGAGGAGUGGGGUCUUGUUCUUAUAAGAAGUCUCCCCUUGGAACUCGCAUAUAUUUUCUUGGAGAAUACAAUCAGCAUCUGGACUUCUUUUUUUUACGCGGAAAGAUAAUUUUAAGGAUAGCCUGCUGGGGUUUUUUUCCCCUCUCUGCAACACCCCCCCGGUCACUCCUCGGAUGACAGAUCGUCUUGAUGCUGAAACCAGCAGCAACGAUGCGGCGGCUGACACGUUAACUCAUUAACUAGUAUUACCCAAAUCACUUCGACCGUUUGUAUCGUACAAGAGGGCAGAACAACUGAAUCCCACGAUGAAGCUCAAACCGAACCAGACAAGGACGUACGAUGGAGACGGGUUUAAGAAGAGAGCCGCGUGUUUGUGCUUCAAGAAUGAACGCGAAGAGGAGGUUCUGUUGGUCAGCAGUAGUCGGCACCCGGAUCAGUGGAUCGUUCCUGGAGGAGGGAUGGAGCCAGAAGAAGAGCCGUGUGGUGCAGCCGUACGAGAGGUGUUUGAGGAGGCUGGCGUGAAGGGCAAGCUCGGCCGUCUUCUUGGCGUAUUUGAGCAAAACCAGGAUCGGAAGCACCGAACAUACGUGUACGUGCUGACCGUCACCGAGACGCUGGAGGAUUGGGAAGACUCGGUCAAUAUAGGCCGUAAGCGGGAGUGGUUCACCGUGGAGGAGGCCAUCAAAGUGCUGCAGAGCCACAAGCCCGUACACGCCGAGUACCUCCGGAGGCUGCAGCUCAGCUGCUCCCCCACCAACGGGAACUCCAUCCUCCCGACCCCGCCAACGAACGACAUCUACCCUCAUUACGGCACAAACGCCAACACGCCCUCCACGGGGAUGUGCUGGGCUCUCCCCGCAGACAGGACUGCCCCCUAAACCUCGGCUCGCUCCCCCCCUAAAGCCUGUACAGUCUCCUGCAUGAAUCUGUUCUCAGAGUCGUGGAUCACCUGUAUUUAAAACUUCUAAUCAUAGCUGCAAGACUGACCAAAGCCGCUGGCAGAACUCUGAUGAAGCGUUUGUGAAGCCGACACAAGGAUAUGACUAACUCCUGGACAUUUCUACUGACUCUUGUUUGUGGAAAAAAAGAAUGCCUUACAGAAACUGUAUGAAUGUUGUAUUUGGGUUCUUUUAGUUCACUUUUUACUUUGUAGCAGUGCUGCAUAGCUUCUUAAGGUUAAGUGGGCCCUACAGCACAUCGGUUUGCAGAAUGUCUCCAGGUAUUCUCCUUUUAUCCACCCGUACUCGUAUUACCAAAUGUAUUAUGAUGCACCUAAGCAUUUCAGGAAUUUCUAUUUUAUAUCAAUUUGGAUUUUUUUUU